UCCUCAGCCCCGCUUCGCCUUCAGACUUCCGAGAUGUCAGCGAUUCCUGCUGAGGAAAGUGACCAGCUGCUGAUCCGACCCCUUGGAGCUGGGCAAGAAGUAGGAAGAUCAUGUAUUAUCCUGGAGUUCAAAGGAAGAAAAAUAAUGUUGGACUGCGGGAUCCACCCUGGCCUGGAAGGAAUGGAUGCGCUUCCUUAUAUUGAUUUAAUCGACCCCGCUGAGAUUGAUCUCCUGUUAAUUAGUCAUUUCCAUCUGGAUCACUGUGGAGCUUUGCCCUGGUUUCUACAGAAGACAAGUUUCAAAGGAAGGACAUUUAUGACUCACGCUACAAAAGCUAUUUAUAGAUGGCUUCUCUCAGAUUAUGUCAAAGUUAGUAACAUAUCAGCAGACGACAUGCUGUACACGGAGACAGAUUUGGAAGAGAGCAUGGACAAAAUCGAAACCAUCAACUUUCAUGAAGUUAAAGAAGUUGCAGGAAUCAAGUUUUGGUGUUACCAUGCAGGCCACGUUCUAGGAGCUGCCAUGUUCAUGAUUGAGAUCGCGGGCGUGAAGCUUUUGUACACAGGUGAUUUCUCAAGACAAGAAGAUAGACACUUAAUGGCAGCUGAAAUUCCGAAUAUUAAACCUGACAUUCUCAUUAUUGAAUCUACGUAUGGGACGCACAUCCAUGAGAAGCGUGAAGAGAGAGAAGCAAGAUUCUGUAACACUGUUCAUGACAUUGUAAACAGAGGGGGCAGAGGCCUCAUUCCUGUCUUUGCUCUUGGAAGGGCUCAGGAGCUGCUCUUGAUCUUAGACGAGUACUGGCAGAAUCACCCAGAACUCCAUGAUAUUCCCAUAUACUACGCGUCGUCUUUGGCCAAGAAGUGCAUGGCAGUGUACCAGACGUACGUAAAUGCCAUGAACGACAAAAUCCGCAAACAGAUCAACAUCAACAAUCCCUUUGUGUUCAAGCACAUCAGUAACCUCAAGAGCAUGGAUCAUUUUGAUGACAUUGGUCCCAGUGUCGUCAUGGCCUCCCCGGGCAUGAUGCAGAGUGGCUUAUCCAGAGAGCUCUUUGAAAGCUGGUGCACGGAUAAGAGGAACGGCGUCAUUAUAGCAGGGUACUGUGUAGAAGGGACACUUGCCAAGCAUAUCAUGUCUGAACCAGAAGAAAUCACUACCAUGUCUGGACAGAAGUUACCACUGAAAAUGUCUGUUGAUUACAUUUCUUUCUCUGCUCACACAGAUUACCAACAAACCAGUGAAUUUAUCCGUGCUUUGAAACCGCCUCAUGUGAUUUUAGUCCAUGGAGAACAAAAUGAAAUGGCCAGAUUGAAAGCAGCCCUGAUUCGAGAAUAUGAAGAUAACGAUGAAGUUCACAUAGAGGUUCAUAAUCCUCGGAAUACAGAAGCUGUGACCUUGAAUUUCAGAGGAGAAAAGCUAGCCAAGGUCAUGGGCUUUUUAGCAGACAAAAAACCAGAACAAGGCCAGCGGGUCUCAGGAAUACUUGUUAAAAGAAACUUUAAUUAUCACAUACUUUCUCCUUGUGACCUCUCCAAUUAUACUGACUUGGCCAUGAGCACUGUGAAACAGACCCAAGCCAUUCCGUAUACUGGUCCUUUUAAUUUGCUCUAUUACCAGCUACAGAAGUUGACAGGUGAUGUGGAAGAAUUAGAAAUUCAAGAAAAACCUGCUCUGAAAGUAUUCAAAAAUAUUACUGUAAUACAGGAACCAGGAAUGGUGGUAUUAGAAUGGUUAGCAAACCCUUCCAACGAUAUGUAUGCGGAUACAGUAACAACCGUGAUCCUGGAAGUUCAGUCAAACCCGAAAAUCAGGAAAGGUGCAGUACAGAAGGUUUCUAAAAAAUUAGAAAUGCACGUUUACAGCAAAAGGUUGGAGAUCAUGCUCCAGGACAUAUUUGGAGAAGACUGUGUAAGUGUAAAAGACGGUUCCAUUCUCAGUGUCACAGUGGAUGGAAAAACUGCUAAUAUAAACCUGGAGACACGGACGGUCGAAUGUGAGGAAGGAAGCGAGGAGGAUGAGUCCCUCCGGGAGAUGGUGGAGCUGGCCGCGCACAGACUCUACGAGGCCCUCACGCCAGUUCACUGAGAACCGCGGGCCUGUGGACACGUUAAAGCUUGUCUUCAAUGCUUGACUCGACUUCUCUUAAAAUAAAAUACGUUGGUCUCUCUGGAA